GAUCUGCGUUCGUAUUGCCUGCUGCAGCAGGACACACCCCCUCUUGCUCCGUUUGCACUCACAACACAAAUAGUGGGAACAAACUUCUGAACAUUUCUUUACAGUUUUAAAUACAUUGUAUUUAUGUAUUAUUAUUAUUAUUAUUAGCUGUAUUAUUUUGCAUAUUAAACGUUUGAUUCAUGUCAGCGAAACCAGUAUGGCCAGGGAAGAAGAGCUAAUCCGGAUUGCUAAAAAAUUGGACAAGAUGGUGUCUACAAAUAAUAUGGAGGGGGCGCUGGACCUGCUGAAAGAGCUGAAGGCAUAUAAAAUGACUUUAAAACUACUUCAGGGCACGAGAAUCGGAAUGUCGGUGAAUGCAGUGCGGAAGCACUGUACUGAUGAGGAGGUCGUCACACUGGCUAAAAUCCUGAUCAAGAACUGGAAGAGGCUGCUCAUGGAAUCAGCUGAUGCUCAGAAAGGAGAGCUCGAGAAAGGAGAGGGCAAUGAGAAGAGGAGGGAGGAGAUUUCUCACAGCAAGGCUACGAGUACUGGGGGACCGACACAGCCAACCAAACAACCAGACAAGGAGGCAAGUAAGGGAGAUUCGUCUGAUUCAAAAUCCAUUUCAGUUUCUCCAAAGAAGCACCCAGGCGAGCAUAAAAGGGAAAGAAAAGACUCAACAGAUUCUAAGUCCCUGCCUCCAAAACAACCUUCGUUAGAAAUCAAAAAAGAAAGAAAAGACUCGACAGAUUCCAAAUCAUCGCAUCCUAAACGACCUUCUCUAGACACCAAAAAAGAAAGAAAAGACUCAACAGAUUUCAAGUUAUUGCUCCAACAACGACCUUCCCUAGAUACCAAAAAAGAAAGAAAAGACUCAACAGAUUUCAAGUUAUUGCCCCAACAACGACCUUCCCUAGAUACCAAAAAAGAAAGAAAAGAAUCGACAGAUUUCAAGUCACUGCCUCAAAUACGACCUUCUCUAAAUCUCAAAAAAGAAAGAAAAGACUGUACAGAUCUCAUGCUAUUGCCUCAAAAGCGACCUUCCCUAGAUACAAAAAAAGAAAGAAAAGACUCAACAGAUACCAAUUCAUUGCCUCCAAAACGACCCUCCAUAGAUACCAAGAAAGAAAGAAAGGACUCUUUUGAUUCUACUUCUGCCACAGCUAUAAAGAGACCUUCCUCAGAUACUAAAGCAGAACGGAGAAACCCGUCCGACUCCCUGUUCAACAGCACUUCCACGCCACUGAAAAAGCUCUCCCUUGAUUGCAAAGGGGAAAGGAGAGAUUCCCACAACUCCAAACCUGCAAUCUCAUCUCCGCCUCACAGGAAGCCUUCUACUGACAGCAGAGAAGAACGAGUAAACAACGGUAAAGGCAAAGUGGAGCCCCCAAAGACGCCCACUUCCCCCACCAGCCCGCUGACACCCUCAUUCAGCCCCUCAGGGGGCCCCUUCCCGCCCCACCUGCUCACUGGGGAGACUAUACGUGACAAGUGUAUUGAGAUGCUGUCUGCUGCACUCAAAACUGACGAUGAUUACAAAAUCUACGGAACGAACUGCGAAUCCAUGGCAGCUGAGAUUGAAGAUCAUAUCUACCAAGACAUAAAAGCCACAGAUAUGAAAUAUAAGAACCGUGUGCGCAGCCGUAUCAGCAACCUAAAGGACCCCAAGAACCCCAACCUACGCAGGAACGUGCUGAGCAGAGCCAUAGAGCUCAGCAGGAUCGCCAGCAUGACUGCCGACGAAAUGGCCAGCGAUGAGCUGAAGAACCUGAGGAACGUGCUGACCCAGGAAGCUAUUCGUGAACACCAGAUGGCCAAAACCAGCGGAACCACCACAGACCUGCUGCAGUGUGGCAAAUGCAAGAAGAAGAACUGCACGUACAACCAGGUGCAGACUCGCAGUGCUGAUGAACCCAUGACCACCUUUGUGCUGUGCAACGAGUGCGGAAACCGCUGGAAGUUCUGCUAAGAAAAAACUCACGGCAACCCGAGGCUGUGUUGCCACUCAAUCUCAGCGUUUUAUACAGAUAAUUUCCACUGUGCUUUUAUAUCGGAGAAAAUGUAAAUGAAUGAUUCGUAAGGCUGGUGCAUUGUAUAGUGCUUUUAAUUUAUACAGUACAUGUCUUUUUAAAACAAGCAAUAUUUGUUUUUAAAAAAAAUCAACCCAAGCUAAUAAUUGAGGAUCUUUAAGUUAAAUUUGCAACUGAAAACACAGGUUAAUAAUACUACAGUGACUGAGUAGAAAAAAAAGGUCUUGGGCAAUCAUAUUCAUGAAAUGAGAACUUUUAACUCCUUAAAAUAGUUAAUAUUGAAAUGGCCCCUAGAUGUCUGUAACCAGGGACUAGAACUGCAUCACCUUUAGUGGAGCUGAAAAAAAGUAUGCUGUCCUUAACAUCCUUGUAUACAUCCAUUACCAGUGACAACACACUUGUAUUGUGGCUGCUAAAGCCACUAUAGGACUAGAAAGGUAUAAUGUAUGAACUGCUCAGUGUCAUAUUAGCCUUCUGCUGUUGUCUAGUAGGGUCUCAAUACACCUAGCCAUGGGUUCACUGAGCAUCUGUAGUAUACCUGGGUCAGGGAUUGUCCAGUUCUUUCAGAUUGCCAAGACAUUGUCACCCCAGACAUGGUUUUGUGGAGGUCAGGGGAGGUGAUGGUGCAUUGGUCAUGGAUCUUCUUAUUGUUCUGCCACUCCCAGGGUAUGAUUGGUUUUGGGCUGAAAUCACCAGAAUAGUCUGUGCAUGGAAACUGCCCUGACCUACAGAGUCAUGGAAAGGAACAGAGUAUAUUGCAUAAAUGUUCAUGAAAUACUGCGGCUAUAAAAAUGAAGAUGAUUGAAUAACCAACGAGCCCUUUGAAGGGACAUGGGGUUUGUUUAAGGCCAUGAAUUAUGUAACAAGUGCAGUGCAUGAGGGAGGGGGGGAGUAUGUAUAAACCUACAUUAAACAGAUCGGUUCCUUGUAUCAAGUUUAAACAGCUGCUUGCAAGCAGUAAUUCGGAACAGGGCAAUUUAGUCAUUCUCUCGUUAGUUUGAAUACAUGCAACGUUCCGAAGUCAGAUCCAGUAAUGAGAUUCACAUUAAAUGUCACGUCUUCCAACACUGAUAUAAUCAGUCCCAUUUCUAGGUGUUUUCAGAAACGAAACGCACUGAAUGAUUAUUAGCCGGAUCUUAAGCUGUGCAUAUUCAUUUUUAGUCUAGUAUUAGAAGCAGCAGCCACAAUACAAGUUUGCAUUUAAAUCCUGGCAGAAAUCUAUACCAUAUUUUAAAAUGUUCUCCUUAAGUUUUUUUGACGAGUUACAUGUAAACUGUUACCGCCUUUAAAAAGUGCUGCAGUAUAUUGCAAGAGUUCUUUCCUCAUCUCUACAUGCUGUUUAAUGUGACUGGGACAAAUCAUAAUCCUGGGUUAAAUCAACUGUUUGUUAUGCCUUGAUAUCAAUAUUUUUUAUGCCAGUAUUUCUCAACUCCAGUCCUGGGGGUGCCUAAUAGUGCAGUAUUAGUCUCAGAUUUGUUUGCCUGAUGUAUUUUACACAGACUAAAAAGAGGGGUUUGUAGAGGUGCCUAAUUGUGAGAUACAGACCAAGACAGUGUUAGUCAAUGUAAAAGUGAUGAUCUCCCAGUAUUAGAUUAAUCGUUCCAAAUCAUUUUACUGGAGUGUAAUAAAACAUUUUAAAAAGUAAUUAAGAAAUAAUCUUUCAGAAGGGUCUCUUUUCUCUGAAUUACAUUACAUUCACAUUCAGUUCCUGCUAAUGAUCUCAUAUAAUAUAAAGUGUCAGACAAGGCUGUCUGCAAGUGCUGACAUAAAAGUCAAUACCUUUCCUACAAAGAAGCCACAGAUACAACAUCCGGCCACCGGGUGGCAAGCUUUCUAUUGAAGUCGUCAUUAAAAAAAAUACAACAGUUGCAACACCGUGUAGCAUUGAAUAAGAGAUGUCAAUACACACAUUUUAAAUAAAAAUAUCCCUUUUUGCUCUGCUGAAACUGUUCAUAAGGACAUUCUUUUAUGCAACUGAGACAGAUUGGAGGGGUCAUUCCUGCUCCUAGACUUUAAAAAGUCAUAUUAUUACUCAAAGGGUGUACUUUCCAAAGCCCCUUUUCUAUCUGGUUCAAGGAAGUAGAGCAGCGAGGUUGUUAUGUUCCAAUGCUCAUGCUUUGCAGCUGCACAUGUCCUUAAGCCAGGGAGAGAAGUGGGUUUGUCUGACAGCUUAAAAUACACACCACUUCAAAUACACAAAGAUUGGGGCAGGAGUGAAAUGUGACUAAAACUAAUGGUUGAACUCCUUUUAGAUGCAGCCUAGGAAAAGACAGAAGAGACUGGAGAAAAAUAGCAAUGCACUUAUUGUACUAAUUUUCAAUGUUAUAUAUUUAAAAAAAAAAGAAAUACAAAGGAAAAAUGAAAAAAAUAAAGACCCUUUUAAAAUGUGAGUGUUUUUUUGUUGUUGUUGUUUCUCUCAUUGCUCAUAAUGUAAGAAUCAGAAAUGUAUGAUCAACAGCACAUUAACUGCAAUUUUACUGUAGUAAACUUUGAUGUACCAGAUGUCGUGUUAAAAAUGCAAAUAUAUGUUUACUAUAACAUGUUUCUUUUAAAACCGGACGUUUUAAACAUAUAUAACGAAUAGAAAUUCACAACGAGUAAGAUUUAAUUAUUUUGUUAACUACAGUCACUUUAAUUAUCCACUAUGUUGUCAACCCCCCUCCAAUCCUUCUUUGUUCUAGGCUAAAUAAAUGUACUUCCUUCAACCCCGUCUUCAUCACUCAUUCCUUUGCACCUGGAUGAAUCAUGUUCCCUGGAGUCUCUGCAAGGCCACAGUGUUGUUAUUUGUACUGCACGGACCAUCACUGAGCUCAAGCACUCAAUCAAACUUUAUAUAUGGCCAUCAACAUUUUCAUCACAAUACUAGCUCGAAUUGUGAAUUUUCAGCUGUGGGAGUACUGUAAAGUAUGUAUUCCUUUGAAGGACUUGGAAAUGGAAAUGACCCAGCCCUGGUCCUAGCUAGGGAUAAGCAAGUGGCAAGACCUUGUUAUGGUAAGUUUUAAGAUUACAAGCUAAACA